AUGGUUGAACAGGUUCAGAUCAUCGACCUUGAAAAUGCUGCGUACCUUCCUAAGGGCAGAUGUAUCAAAGGUAUGCUUGCGGGUAAUGACAAUUGGCGAAGCCCUGAGGCGCACUUCAAGGGUGAGCUUAAUAAACCAACUGAUGUUCUUUCAUUUGGGGUCGUCUGCAUCUACGCUAUGCUCGGGCGUGUCAUCUUCGGUCCUGACGAGGAUUUCAGAAAACAUCAGACGCAGGGUGCACUGCCUGCUUUCAUCCGCCUGCAACGCCAAGUGUCGUAUUUUGGAGACUCAGACGGGAUUAAAGGUCUUCUGAAACACAUUGCCGAUGAUGAGAUUAGUUGCCAGGUCCUAAGGAUGCUAUGGGAUGAAAGGUCUGAGGAACACAUCCCAUACAAACUAUUUUCCGAGUGGCCCGAAGUCGUCGAUCCAACAUUCAAAGAUCUUAUUCAGCGACUCACAAACCUGGACCCGACCAAACGAGCCACAGCGUGUCAGGCAUUGGAGCAUCCAUGGUUUUAUGAUUAG